AUGGCACCAGCAACCGAUGGAUUGUCAGAUUCCGAUGAUUCCUCGGACUCAGGACUACACUCAGCCGAAACGCUGGAUCCGGAGAUAACUCCCAGGCCAGAAGCAUCUAGGAUAUUCUUCAUCCCCGAAAUCCUCGAGCUGACCCUUGUAGAUGUGGACAUGUACAGCAUCCUCAUGUCCACGCGCGUGUGCUCCGUAUGGAAAGAUCUCAUUGAAACCUCUCCGAAGAUCCGCAGGGCCCUCUUGUUUGCGUUCCGCAUGAUCCAGUCGGGCAUAUCUUUCGACAUCGCGCAGUUCGUGACGCGCCAUUUUGGAGAUUGCCGUACCACAAAUCUCGGAAGGCCCACCCAACAGGCCCUAUGCUUGCUACUGGCGCGACCAUUGGCGGACCAUGCUCCUCCAGAACGCUCCGAGUUCGAGGAUUCGCGUCUUGUGCCCAGACAUCCCCCUUGGUCACGAUAG